AACUUGUCAUUUAAAAAAAUUUAAAACGGUAAUUUUAAAUACAAUAAUUUACCAAAUAUUUGAAUACGGAUUAGCUCAAAUGGAUGCUGAUGAAUGUGCUAAUAAAACUCCUUUGGACAACAUUCAAACGAAUUUUCAACAUGAUAUAAUUAAACAGGCCUUAAAGACAAGGUUUAAUAAUCCAAAAAAUAAAAUCACCGAAGAUGCCAUUGAAUUAAUAUCAGACCUGGCGAAAGUUUUAGCUACAGAAGCAGCAGUUAGAGCCAUCAAACAAGCAAAAUCUGAAUACAAGACUAAAGUUCAGUUGGAACAUGUAGAAGCUGUUUUACCACAACUGCCACAAAGCAUUUAAAUUGAAGAGGUUAGAAUACAAAAGGUUUAAUUGUCUUGUUCUGUUAAAGUUAAGGUGACCAGAUUUUAACUUGGCGAAACCGGGACACAUGCUAGAAAAUAUCUAGAAGUUAUUUUUGGUGGACAUAAAAACUGCAUACGUGUAAAUAACAUUUUAAUAAAAAAAAAAUCACAAUCUCGUUCUGUUAAAGUUAAGGUGACCAGAUUUUAACUUGGCGAAACCGGGACACAUGCUAGAAAUAUCUAGAAGUUAUUUUUGGUGGACAUAAAAACUGCAUACAUGUAAAUAACAUUUUAAUAAAAAAAAAAUUACAAUCUAAGGGUAGGUAAGGUAUCACAGUACCUAUACAUACUGUAAUACAUUGUAAUUAAAAAAAAAAAUAACAUUCUAACAAAAUAAAAAUAUUUACCUUGUAACUUAUAAUUUAGUUUAGUUAAUGUUAGAUUUGAAUACAAAGGAUUCAAAUGAAUUGUUUAAACAGAGUUUAUUAUUUACUAAAAAAAAAGGCAUGCUAAUAACAUUGUAGUUAUCUUUAGAAUAUAAAGGGUAAAAGCAUAUAAGUUUACUGGUACCCAUAGUAUCUUUAGCCAGUUCUGGGAUAUACUCACAUUCUCGCCUAUGAUUAUGUGUAUUAUGCAUAUUUAAUAUACUCUUCACACAGUACUGUGUAAAAAUUAUUAUAGGUUUAUUUUCGAGAAACUAAAAUUUUUAAUACUGAUCCAAACUUAAAAAUUUGUAUACCAAAAUUUUUCUCAUCAAAUUUUAAACGACUUUUAAAAAUGUCACAAUGUCACUUUCUUUGUUCGUACGAUAAGUCAUACACGAAAAUUGAUAUUGACUUAAAAUUUUCAAGAAAAAUCAAGCUCUAUUUUGAAAAAAAUUUAAUAAGUUCUGAUAAAAACGAAAAAUUUUAUCAACUUGCAAUUUUUAGCAAAAAGCAAGCUAUAUAAGGAGAUGAAAGCCUAUUGAUUUUGAAAGAAAUCUAAUUGAAAGUGCGGCUUAAGGGGGUUGAGAUUAAAAAAAAAAACAAAACGAAAAAUGAUAAAUUUUUUAGUAAAAAUCAAGCUCCAUAUGGGAACGAAGCGUAUUGAUUUUGAAAAAAUCUGAAUAAAACUCACAAGAAAGCUGAAGAGCUUUAACUUCUAGGGUUGCCCAGGAGUCAGAUUCAGACUGCUAUAAGAAUGAUUGUCGGGGGGCGAAGAUCUGCCUCAGCUUUCUGCUCGUAGACCUCUCACCUCCGUCGUGUAUUUACCCAAAGCAGUGGACUUGCUUGAAGUAGUCGUGGAAAUUACACUCAAAUUUUCUUAUGUUUGGUUUUAUUCACAGCUUUAUUUACAUGUAUUUAACUUAUAGUAUAUGUAGUUACAAUGAUGAUGAUAAUGAUAUUAAGGCAUUAGCAAGUUCAAGUUUCUUUUUAUGUAGUAUUUAGUAAAUUAGUAAAUUAAUGUAAAUUAUUUUUGCCCCAGCUCGUAGAAUGGUAGCAGUGUUGAAUGAACGGAUGAAAGCAACGCGAUAUAAUGCACUGGUGCAAGGUGCGAAUGCAAUGGCUUAUUUUCUGACAUAUGCCGGUUAUAUAGUCGACUGUUGCUAAGCGUCUCUUGCACUUAUGGAGGGGUUGAACUGACCGUGUCUCACAUCGAUAUCGGUUUUACCAAUGAGUGCAAGAGAGCUAUUUAACGUUUUCUAGUUUUGUCUUUCUCUAUGAACAGAAGAAUAAUGUUUUUCGUCGUAAGACUGUUUAGUAAUUUCUAAAAAUAGAUUGUGAGCUUUGGUUUUGUUGAAGACUGCUUUGUAAUUUCUAAAAAUAGAUUGUUAGCUUUGUGCACAGGGGCGGCUUUCAGAUAAGUUGAUUAUUAUAAAAUGUUUUAAAUAAAUUGGACAAUAUUGAUUUUUAUUAUAGGGUGAUGCUUUAACUUGUUCGAACACCUUUGAUUGGUUUUCGAACAAUGAUAGUACCAUACAUUAUUUGGAACUGCAUUAAAGAGAUAUCUAAUUCAAAAGGAACAACACAAUCUAUUACACAAAUAAAGACUCCAGAUGGAGAUAUUACAAAUGACCCAGAAAAAAUAUCAAAUAUUUUUUGCGAACAUUAUACUACAGUUGGGGAAACUAUGGCCUUAAAAUUAUCUAGAAAUCAAAAAUUAAAAAUUUUUCAAAGAAAAAACAAUAAAUCAAUAUUUUUAUCAAGUACAGACAACAAAGAAGUUACAGAAACUAUCUUUUCCCUAAAAAAUCAUAAAAAUCCAGGUUUAGACAACAUAACAUCCGAAAUUCUUAAAGAGUUAUAUCAAGAAAUUUCUCCAGUAUUGACCUUUCUUAUAAAUAAAUCAAUUGAUGCUGGUAUAUUUCCAGAUUCCCUUAAAGAGUCGUUAAUAAUACCGAUGUAUAAAAAAGGAGACUCAUUUAAUGUUAUUAAUUACCGACCAGUUUCUAUUAUAUCAAGCGUUGGAAAAAUAUUUGAAAAAAUUAUUGAAAAGAGAAUGACGUCGUUUUUAAAUAAAUAUGCAAUCCUUUCAGAUAGGCAAUAUGGUUUUCGAAAACAAACCUCAACUUCGGAUGCUAUUGCAAGAUUGACAAAACUUAUCAACAAUUCUAUAGAUGAAAAACAACCAUCAUUGUGCAUUUUUGUCGAUCUUGCAAAAGCAUUUGAUACGGUUAACCAUCAAAAACUCUUAGAAACACUAGAAAAUUACGGAUUUAGAGGAGUAACGUACACAUUUCUAAGUAGCUAUUUAAAAAAUAGAAAACAAAUGGUUAACAUCAACGAUAUCCUUAGUGAUUACAAAGUUAUUAAAUGUGGUGUUCCUCAGGGAACAGUCCUCGGACCAUUAUUGUUUAAUAUUUAUUUAAACGACCUAUUUGAACAGAAAUUCAAAGGAGAAGUUAUCAGUUUUGCCGAUGACACCUCAAUUUUUUAUCAACAUAAUAACUGGGAAACACUUAAAAAUACCGCUGAACAAGAUUUUCAAAAUAUUUCUAACUUUUUUAAUUAUAAGGCCCUUACUAUAAACUAUGAGAAGACAUCAUUCAUACCUUUUACCUCAUAUAAUAAUAAUUUACCAACAUAUAAGUACCUUCAAAUAAUUCAGAAAGGAAAUCAACAAAUAAAAAUUAGGUCUACCAAUAACACCAAAUACCUAGGAAUAUACAUAGAUUCUCAUUUAAAAUGGGAUUUUCAAAUAAAUUAUGUAAUAAAAAAACUUCG